CCGCCGCCCAAGCAAGGUCGACUCAAAGACGUGACCUCCGGCCCGCUGUCACUCAGGCGGGCGGGGGCGGGGCCUCGCGAACGGCCCAAUCAGGGGAGUCGCUGGAACCGUACGUGCGGGCGACGCGCUGUGGACGGCGGGGACUGGGUGCCGUCGCCGCUGUCCGGCCGAGGCUCGCAUCACCUCGCGCUGUCCUGAAAGGCUUGGGGAGCUUCCGCCACAUCCUCUGUCGCCGUGAGCUCCGCCGGCCGCGGCAAUCGCAUGGUGGUCGACCCGGUACCCCAGAAAGUGGGCAAUGGACCCAGUGGCCUUUGAGGAUGUGGCUGUAAACUUUACCCUGGAGGAGUGGGCUCUGCUGGAUCCUUCACAGAAGAAGCUCUACAAAGAUGUGAUGCGGGAAACCUUGAGGAACCUGGCCUCAAUAGGGAAAAAAUGGAAAGACCAUAACACUGAAGAUGAGUACAAAAACCAGGGAAGAAAACUAAGAAGUCAUACGGUAGAGAGGUUCUGCCAAAGUAAAGAAGGUAAUCAAUGUGGAGGAAACUUCAGUCCUAUUCCAAAUCUUAAUCUGAACAAGAAAACUACUGAAGUAAAACCAUGGGAAUGCAGCGUGUGUGGAAAAGUCUUUAUGCGCCAUUCAUCCCUUAACAGGCAUAAGCGAUCUCACACUUCACCGAAACCAUACAAGUAUCAGGAAUAUGGAAAAAAGCCUUAUAAAUGUAAAGAAUGUGGAAAAGCGUUCAGUUAUCUCCAGCCUUUUCAAAAACAUGAAAGGAAUCACAGUGUAGAGAAAUCUUAUAAAUGUAAGGAGUGUGGGAAAUCCUUUAGAUAUCGCCAGUCUGUUCGAAAACACGAAAGGACUCACACUGGAGAGAAACCCUAUCAGUGUAAACAGUGUGGAAAAGCCUUCAGAUAUCAUCAAACCUUUCAGACACAUGAAAGGACUCACACUGGAGAGAAGCCCUAUCAGUGUAAGCAGUGUGGGAAAGCCCUCAGUUGCCCCAGUUCCUUUCGAAGUCAUGAAAGAACUCACACGGGGGAGAAACCCUAUGAAUGUAAAAAGUGUGGUAAAGCCUUUAGUUGUCCCAGUUCCCUUCGAAAACAUGAAAGAACUCACACUGGAGAGAAACCCUAUGACUGUAAGGAAUGUGGGAAAGCCUUCAUUUCUCUUGGAAGCUUUCAAAGACACAUGAUAACACAUACCGGUGUUGGACCGUACAAAUGUAAGGAAUGUGGGAAAGCCUUCAGCUGUCCCAGCUCAUACCGAAUACAUGAACGAUCUCACACUGGAGAAAAACCCUAUGAAUGUAAACAAUGUGGCAGAGCCUUUAGUUGUUCUAGUUCCUUUCGAACACAUGAAAGGACUCACACUGGAGAGAAACCCUAUCAGUGUAAAGAAUGUGGAAAAGCCUUCCACUGGCUGACCACUUUCCAAGUGCAUGUGAGAACUCACACUGGAGAAAAACCCUAUAUAUGUAAGCAGUGUGGGAAAGCCCUCAGUUGUCCCACUUCCUUUCGAAGACAUGAAAGGACUCACACUGCAGAGAAACCCUAUGAAUGUAAACAAUGUGGGAAAACCUUCAGCUCUCCUCUAGGUUUGCAAAUACAUGGAAGAACUCACACUGGAGAGAAACCCUAUAAAUGUGAGGAAUGUGGGAAAGCAUUUGUUUCUCUCACAAGUUUUCGAAGACACAUGAUGACACAUACUGGAGAUGGACCUUAUAAAUGUAAGGAAUGUGGGAAAGCCUUCAAUUGCCCCAGUUCCUUUCGGAUACAUGAAAGAACUCACACAGGAGAGAAGCCCUAUGAAUGUAAAAUAUGUGGCAAAGCCUUCAGUUGUUCAAGUUACGUUCAAGUACAUGAAAGAACGCACACUGGAGAGAAGCCCUAUGAAUGUAAGGAAUGUGGGAAAGCUUUUAUUUAUCGUACAACCUUUCGAGGACACAUGAGAGUGCACACUGGAGAGAAACCCUAUAAAUGUAAAAUGUGGGAAAGCCUUCAGUAGACCCAGCUCGUUUAGAAGCCAUGAAAGAAUUCACACUGGAGAGAAACUUCUGGAAUGUAAACAUUGUGGGAAAGCCUUCAAUUGGCCCACAUCCUUACA